UUGCCGAAUUUCGUUGCUUUCUAGUUCGGUUUCUUGUAUUUCUGGCCGGCGUGCUAGCUCUGCUUCGGUUAGGAACCUAGGAGAGAGGCUCUCAACAUUUAUUUGCUGAUCCGUGGGUGGGUGGAUCUUGGCACGGUUGCUGCUUCGGUUUGUAUCGGUUCCUUGUGUGCGAGAUAAAGCUGUUGGCGUUCUUGUUAGUUGGUCGGUCGUUUCCUUUGCUCUGUUGGCAUGUACACUUUCAUUUUCAUCCACCAAAUUGAUGCUAUCCAGUUCAUCACGGGGACGGCUGGUUCUUGAUCGGCCUUCUUUUGCCGUAUGACGGACUGACUGACCAAGAUGAUCUUCUUGGCUAGCCCAUGUAGAUGUAGUCUUCUCCUGUUGGUGGGUGUAUAGUUCAGUAGCACUCAAAGCAAUUCUGAACCCUUUCGAGAUUGAUUGAUGGUGCAAAAGAUUAUUUAUUCUUUGGUGUGUCCUCUUUGCUCGUUAGUAGUGGCACUGCUUGUACGGUACAGUACUUUGUAAUGCACAACACCCACCGUAUGUGUUUAGGCUUACUGUGGGUGAUAAGGGAGUCCUGUUCUGUGAUAUACAGGGGACCCCCAUUUGUGGCUAUUUGGACUUAAGUAGAUUUGGCAGGCAAAUUGCACACUUCGUUCUGCAAUCUCAGUUUUAUUUAAGGUUACGAAGACCAACAUUUCUGUCUGCCAUUGAUCUGAAACAUUAUAUUUUCGUAUCAAAUAGAGUACACAGCUACCAACUUUGUUGUGCUCUGUGUCUGUGGAGAAUAUUGUGUUUCUCCGAUUCCAUCUUAUUUAACAAUCUGUAUAUUCAUGGUACAUUGGAAUUUAGCAGUGAGUCAUUGUAUUCCUACUCAGGAGAAGCACACCUUUGUUGCUGGUGUUUGUUUAUGCACGUUUUGGGCACUUAAUCAUAAUUCUCUCUGUUCUGGUCUUUAAAAUUAUUCUCUUGUUUCAUAACUACUUCUGGUGAUAUGUUUAUCUGUAUUCCUUGUUGCUGGACUGAAAAUGGAAACACAAACACUUGGUCUUUUUGUUCUCUGUUUGAUAGCCUUAUGACGGACAGAGGUGAUGGACCAAUUGGUAGUCUCCCUGAACACCUCCUUGUAGAAAUAUUGACUCGGUUACCAACCCACGAGUGGGUUCAAACAUCAUGUGUCAGCAAGCAUUGGGCAAGCAUGUUCCGAGGUGAAUACUUGUGGCAAACCGCUAUUGCAAGGAAAUGGCCAUCGGCUGGUUUCCGGAAACGCUGGCCUGGGCCAAUUCCCAGAGGCUCUGCUAGGAGGAGAUUCCAAGCGCUUUAUGUCAGCGAGAACCUUGUACCAUCUGGUGGGGAGAUUGACGAGCUUGUUGGUCACACAUAUCUCUAUUUAAAGGAACAGCUUGAGCGCCUUGCCGUUCCUCCGUCCAGUAUACUUCAUGGCACCAUAAUUGAUCAGUUCAUUGCUUGUGGUAGGACAGGAGAAAAGGCCCAUGAACUUGCUUCGAAUAUAUGGAUUGCGGUCAUUGACAAUUUGGAAGAAAACCAGCAGACAUUCAUGCUGUUAAAACACCUUGCGCAAGGAGAUUUUUUCCUUCCAUUUCCAUAUUCGAGGUCAUAUAAAGUUCUGUGGAGAGUGUUUGACAAGCUGUUUACCGACUUCCGUGACUGUUUCAGCGGGGGAGAUUACCAUGAGGCGCUAGCAGGUGCCAAGUCUAGGUUUCAGCCAGUACCUUCUUCAUGGCUUGGACAUUAGCACACAACCGUCUUAGAUGUAGCUGCUAUACUCCCCGAGUGAAAAGGUGGAUGUCAGAGUGGUAAUUCCAACGGGGAUGUCAUGUACUAUAUAUUUAGUGACUUGACCAACAAUUUCAAGAACGGAAAAUAUCUGUGACUGUUUUAUUGCAGAAAGCGUAUAUAUGUUGCAAGUUCUUAAAAGAAAAGUCGGUUGAAUUCAGUAGUA